UCGUCGGCGCAUCAUCUCAACACUCGGAAAAAGCACUCACACAAUCACACAACAUGUCUCUGGAACGUCAAGUUCGCGCUAAGAUCGCUUCCAAGCGCAACCCUGAGAAGGAGAAGGAAGCCCAAGAGUGGAUUGAGGGCGUCCUCGGAGCUAAAUUCCCCCCUGGUGAACUAUUUGAGGAUGUCCUCAAGGACGGCACUGUUCUUUGCCAGCUCAUCAACAAGCUGAAGCCUGGCUCUGUCCCCAAGAUCAACACCACCGGUGGACAGUUCAAAAUGAUGGAGAACAUCACAAACUUCCAGUCUGCAAUCAAAGCAUACGGUGUACCCGACAUCGAUGUGUUCCAAACCGUAGAUCUAUGGGAGAAAAAAGACAUCGCCCAAGUAGUCAGCACACUGUUUGCCCUCGGUCGUGAGACUUACAGACACGCGGAAUGGAGCGGCCCCUGCCUCGGACCCAAGCCCGCUGACGAAUGCAAACGUGACUUUUCUGAUGAAGUCCUGAAGGCCGGGCAAACUGUGAUCGGUCUGCAAGCUGGAUCUAACAAGGGAGCCACUCAAUCCGGACAGAACCUUGGCGCCGGCCGCAAGAUCUUGAUCGGCAAGUGAACACAACACCAGCACAAAGUGAUAUUAAUUUUUAAGAUAAUUUUGUACAAAUUUGUGUGGUAAUGGACGCUAAUGUGAGACUGUAAGCCUUUGUGAAUAUCUACUCUGAAAUGAUAGCUGAAGAUUUAUUAGUCUCUUUACAAACAGGACUAGAGGGUUGUAAACUUUGACGUGAUUUAGUUUGCGUCAUAGUCAGAUUUACAAUGAAUUGUUAUUAACGGGGAUGCUAUUGGUUAGAUCAGCAUAGAAUAAUAUACCAUUCAAUAGCAAAGGGACCAUAGCAUCAAUGGCUGGUUAAGAUACUUUUAUUUGUUUAUAAAGUUGAGUAGCGCCUGAUAUGAAUUUGUACAUAAGCUUAGUAAGUUUUGUAUUAAGUUAAAAUAUUUAUUUCCAUUUUAUUAUAUGUUUUAUAAUAAAAUAUUUUGUAUA